UUUUUUGUUUCCUCUUCUAUUUGCAGUGCGAAUCAACGAGGCUGUUAUCGAUAACGAUUAGUGCGAUAGACGCGCGAGUCGAGUGUGCGCGGGCAAAGUGAGCGCGAAGCGAGUGAAUUUUUUGUUUGUUUUUUGUUUGGUUCAUUGCUGAGGCACGCACACAACUGCAGACAGUCGGGGCGCACAGACACACGCGCGCCGUGUGUGGGUGUGUGUGCGUGUCGGAUGUGUAGGCUGAACGCAGCAGCACGGCCAAACAUGGAUUGGACUCGGUGGCAAGACGCUAAAGCCAGAGACAGUGCUGGCAGCAGCAACAUCAGCAGCAGCAGCAGCACCAACAACAACAACAUCGGCGGCAACAUCAACAGCAGCAGCAACGAUUGCGAGCAUCAGCACAGCCAGUGGCUACCCAUUUGAUUCGUCCAGCUUCAUAGAGCCACGAGACGAGACGUCGGGGUCGCCGCGGCCAUUUGUCGGGCGAUAAGUAAUUUGUACAAACAUUUGCGCAAACAAAACGCAGGCGGUCACUAGUCACCAGCCACGAAUUGCUCGUGAAGGUGUGUAGUGGGAGUUGCAGUCACAGCUGAAGUUGGAGUUGGAGCUGGAGCUGGAGUCGGCGGUCGCGUGACCGACAAGUUUUACACACUUGGCAACGUAAUUGCUUAUAAAACGUCGCCGUGCCGCAAAAGAGUGCCGAUAACAGACCCAAACCGUUUAUAACAAUUAUACGAGCCAAGCAGCCAUUUGGGACCUGGCCGGACUGAGCCGGGCUGGGCUGGGCUGGGCUGGGCAGGGGUUGACUGCGUGCACGCUUUGCCAGCACUUGACCAAUUAGGCGACGGGCGUGAGUGUGAAAAGGGCUGUCGAGCUGGUGGGCUGGCGAUUCGGCUGCCCCGGCUCCAGCAGCUCAAGCAGCUCUCCCGGCUCCCCGCGGCGGGGAGUGGGAGCGGGCAUUGGCUAAAUGUAUAAGCCCGAUACGUUAACGAGGCGCGGCAGUCUGAGAUCCCUGCGCAGCGCACCGCUGCUCAGUACGGUGCUGGAGAGCACGCUCUCGCUGACCCGCAUCCAUCCGAUUGCUUCGCUGGAGCUACCCGGCCUCGACUAUGCCGUACAAUCGCAGUCAGCCAUUGGCGCCUUCCAUCAUCGUGAGCUAGGCACCUCCCUGCGCAGCGGUAUCGCGGCUAUCACAGCGGCCAGCGCCAGUGCCGCCGGUGGCAUCUCUCAAUCCCAGAGCGCACUGCUCGGACGAUACGGUCCGAACGCCUCCAUACGCAACAACGAACGAAAGAUUGUUCAGCCGAAACGCGUUCUAUCGCGGAAACUAAAGCCACAUCUGGUCGCCGACACCGUCAAGCAGUACAUAAGUCGGGCGCAACGAACGACAAAGAAGGGUUCUCAAGAGCAACAAAAUAACAUGGAGUUUUUACGUGGUGUCUAUGCGUUUAUGCAAGUGAGUAGAUCAUCGGUGUCUCAUGUCAAAAUCGAUUCACCUGUUUUUCGCCUGCACACAAACGCAACGGUUAUUUUACUGAUCACAUUCUCGAUUGCUGUGACAACGCGGCAGUACGUAGGAAACCCCAUAGACUGUGUACACACAAGAGACAUUCCGGAAGAUGUUCUCAACACAUAUUGUUGGAUACACUCAACGUAUACAGUUGUGGAUGCGUUCAUGAAAAAGCAAGGUUCCGAGGUGCCUUUUCCUGGAAUUCACAAUUCACAGGGGCGUGGCCCUCUAACAAUAAAGCACACAAAAUAUUAUCAAUGGGUAGCGUUUACACUAUUUUUUCAGGCAAUCUUAUUUUACACACCAAGAUGGCUGUGGAAGUCUUGGGAGGGUGGCAAAAUUCAUGCGCUCAUCAUGGACUUAGAUAUAGGCAUUUGUUCCGAAGCCGAGAAAAAACAAAAAAAGAAAUUACUUUUAGAUUAUUUAUGGGAAAAUUUAAGAUAUCACAAUUGGUGGGCGUACAGAUACUACGUGUGUGAGCUGCUCGCCCUGAUAAAUGUGAUAGGUCAAAUGUUUCUUAUGAAUCGAUUUUUCGAUGGUGAAUUUAUGACAUUUGGCUUGGAUGUGAUAGAUUAUAUGGAGACCGAUCAGGAAGAUCGCAUGGAUCCGAUGAUUUACAUAUUUCCCAGAAUGACCAAAUGUACAUUUUUUAAAUAUGGUUCAAGUGGGGAGGUGGAAAAACACGACGCCAUUUGCAUUUUACCAUUAAACGUUGUUAAUGAGAAAAUUUACAUUUUCCUUUGGUUUUGGUUUAUAUUAUUAACGUUACUCACAUUAUUAACGCUAAUAUACAGGGUGGUUAUUAUAUUCUCGCCUCGAAUGAGGGUAUAUUUAUUUCGAAUGCGAUUUAGGUUAGUGCGUCGAGACGCAAUUGAAAUAAUCGUUCGUCGUUCCAAGAUGGGCGAUUGGUUUUUGUUGUAUUUAUUAGGUGAAAAUAUAGAUACAGUUAUAUUUCGUGAUGUUGUACAGGAUUUAGCAAAUCGCUUAGGACAUAACCAACACCACAGGGUGCCUGGAUUGAAAGGUGAAAUACAGGAUGCAUGAUAUUGGGAGUAUUAGAAACAAUACAAAAUGCAAUAUGUCGUCUCAAUAUGAAAGCCACAACAACAACAACAACAACAACAACAACAAUGUUCAACUAUUUAGUA